AUGGCAGAGUUGAUUCCAUACCUAUCGCCUCAAGAGCAGGAGGCCAUACUGGAUGGUCCUGCUCUUGCACCACCCGAAGGAGUCAUUCCCCAGUUUGACAACCCGCCGAAUAACAAUGCUCUGGCUCAUGGCGUCCUAUCCGCGUGUGUCGCCAUCUCUACCGUGUGUCUCUUAAUUCGUGCCUAUGCGAGAGUAUUCCUAUUCAAGCAACUCAAAAUCGAGGACUAUCUGAUAGUCGUUGCAUAUGCGAAUUACCUUGGCUGGAUUGUCUAUUCAUUCCUUUUGUCUAAGACUCCCGGUUACUUCGUUCACCAAUGGGACCUCCAUCUCCGGGACAUGAUAGCGACUGUUUUAUACAUUCACUAUGCAGGCGUUUUCUAUUCCAUUACUCUGCCGCUGCUCAAAAUAUCCAUCCUGAUAGAAUGGUCUCGAAUGUUUGUCCCUAGGGGCACACGCAAUGCAUUUAUGUGGGCGUGCUACAUCGUGAUAACUGUGCAAAUCAUGGCCAUGAUCGGAAUUGUAUUUGCUCUGUGUUUCGUGUGCAUCCCGUACGAAAAGAUCUGGAAUAUCACCCUCAAGGGCCAUUGCUUCAACAAGCUCAACAUCGAUAUCGGAGCCGCUUGUGUUCAUCUCUGCACCGAUAUCGUCAUCUUGAUUCUCCCUCAGAGGCCCAUCUGGAGGUUGCAGAUGUCGUUCAGGAAGAGAUUGGGUGUUUCAGUCUUCUUCUCCCUAGGUAUACUUGCUUGUAUAUCCGCUGGAUUUCGAUUAGCCGUAACGCUUACAUAUGCCCACCAACCGGAUCAAACCUCGACCUUCGGCCCUGUCAUCUUCUGGGCCACCGCAGAGAUGACAUGCGGAUUUGUUAUUGCAUGCUUGCCGUCUACGCCCAAGAUUCUCAAGGAUCACGGUAUUCUUCGAAAGAUGAAGAAGGCGAUGAGAUCAGUUGUUGGAUUGACGAACACCACAUCGAAGGGCACCGCCAGCAAGCUCCCCAUAUCUUCAAGCACCAAUCCGGCGAGCACGUACCGCAAGCUUGGCGAAUACGGAGAAUACGGCGUGGAGAUGAGAAACAUCAAAACAUCAGAGUCGACAGAACAACUUCGAUUCGAGAAUGGCCAUGCUGAACAAGGCAUCCUCCGCACUACUCGAGUCACAAUCAAGGAGGAAUAUGCAAAGGAUGUCGACGAGGAUGUUCUGAAUCCCAAUGCUGCCUGGAACAAGGAAACUAAUGUGUGAUUACUAAGCCA